UAAAUAUAAAUAUAAAUAAUAAAAUUUCCAAAGAGUGCCGCAUAUUUUGGAUUUCUGGAUUGGUUCUUCGAAUACCCUUUUGGCUUCUCAAUCCAUUGGAGGCUCUUGCAAGUUGCAAAAUUUCUAAGAUCAGUGUGGAACUGUCAUUUUAAAUUCGUUUGUGCAAGAUGAGCCAACAGAGUCAGAACACCAGUUCUUUAUCUCCUGCAGACGUCCCUAUGAAGCGGAAACGUGGUCGUCCUCGUAAGGAUGAAAGCCUGUUGUCAAGUAAGAAGAAGCCUGUGACGCCUGAACCUGAAAGCAUCAAGAAAAACAAAGAAAGUGCAAGUACAAGUGGUGGUGGUGUUAAUGAUGUCAUGGUCGGUCAGAUGGUUACUGGUGUCAUUGAAGGUUCAUUUGAUGCUGGAUAUCUUCUUAAUGUUAAGUUAGGUGACACUGACACUCUUCUGAGAGGUGUUGUAUUUCUUCCGGGGCGCUUUACUCCAAUAUCUGCAGCAAAUGAUGUGGCUCCACAUGUUAAGAUGUACAACAGAAAAGAUAUACCAAUCCCAGUUUUUAACCCACAAACUCCAGUUUUUAAGUCUAUUACCCCAUCAGGACAAAGUAGUAAGCAACCUACUCGGCCUAAAAUCCAUCAGCAUUCAGAUCAGGUUCUACCCUCUAAGCGUCAGAUUGCAAUCCCAGAUGCACUUGGGAACCAAUCUGCCUCUGUUGUUGUACCUCUGGUUGCCAACCUGCCAAAGAACGAUGCAGGUCUUUCCUUGGAAGGAAAUGAAGUUCAACAGCAAACUUUGGAGCCUGGACUUGAGAGCCAAUCCACCUCCAUUGUGGCACAGUUGGAUCAUGAUAAGGUUGUUGGAUGUGAUGACGUGUUGCAGGAAUCUGAAGCUUCCACACAGAUAAAAGGACCUGAAGUUGAUGUAGCGGCAACGAAAGAUUCAAAAGCAAAAUCAGCAUCUGAACCAGUUGUGGACACAGUGCCAGGUAUUGAAAUUGUUAGUCAGGAACCUCAAAUUCAACAUCAGGCUAUGAGUCUUGACCCUAAGCCAAGUGAAUUGGUUCAUGAUGAAGUGAAAAACUCAAAUCUUGAAAUUAACCAAACUCCUGUAUUUGCUGAACCCAAAUCCUAUCCUUCCGAACUGGUCAAUAGGCCGGUUGACAAUUCAAUGGAAGAUCAGGCCUCCCCAAAGAAAGAUACAGCACAAGAUUCACAGUUGGAGCUUGCUAUUGAAACUUCAAGUGGAACUGACACCGCCCUCUUAAAUGGAAAGCCUGCAAGUGAUCCUGUUGAUGUUACUGAGUUGGUGUCACUCUCUACACCACGGACCAGUGAACCUGCAGUGGUAUUUGAUGGAGAGGUUACUCCAGAGUUGAAGCUUGCACCCGAAGGAUCUAUUCUACCAGGAAUGAUUGAACCUUAGCUCUGUAGUUCUGGUGCCACAAUUAAUAUGGAAUGUGGUAUCAAAGAUGCCAUUCCAAUUUCCACCUACACAAUAUUAGAUUCAUCUGAUGAUGACUAACUAUCCAGUAGGAUCUGAGAGUUCGUGAAUUUAAACCUAGGAAAAAGGACAAGAGAAUAGAGUCAAAGCUUGAGAAAUAGAUGGGUAGUAGUCACCCGUGGUUAUCAUGGUUAAGAGUACUAAGUUGACAUUUAGAUACCAUUGCAUUAACAGCUCUGGAUGGGCUUGUUAUUCAACUCUUGCAUUCUCACCACCCUUUUGACUUAUUUAUACUUUUGAAACUAGUGUUGUUUUUUUUUUCUUGGUAACUAUCUCCCUUAUGUGUGGGGCGGUUCUUUGCUUAAUAUAUAGAACUUUUUGUUGCA